AGUGAGCAUCAGUUGAAGUCAACCAAUUGUGCAGCGCGUUAAGCAUCCAAAACCGGAACCACCAAUCCAGAAUCAAUAUGAAAUUCUUCUCAGUCGUCACCGUCUUCGUGCUGGGUCUGCUGGCUCUGGCCAACGCCGUUCCCCUGUCGCCCGAUCCCGGAAAUGUGAUCAUCAACGGCGACUGCAAGUACUGCAAUGUCCAUGGUGGCAAGUAGGACCAAAUAGGAUACCAGGACUCAAGUUAACUCUAACGCCAGACACAAUAUUUAUCAUACAAAUUUAAAAUGUAACAUAGAAUUUAGAAACAAUGCCAAACACACAAAUACAAAAAAAAGAGGGAUUUUACUCCCCUUUUCAGUAAUACGAAAA